UUCUCCGCAAGAAAAUGGCGUCUUCGAAAGGCUUCAAUCAAUGUAACCAGUCAGGAUUUGGCUUCGGUACUCAAAAUAAAUCUUCGCAAGGCUUUGGACUUCAAAGCACCAGUGGAACUCCUUCAGGUUUUGGGCAGCAGAAUUCCACGGCAUCCUCAGCUUUUGGGCAACCUCAGCCCACAACCUCUUGUUUUGGUCAAUCUACUCAACCCCAAACUUUAGGAAAUUCUUUUGCGUCCUCCUCUACGUUGUGCCAACCGCAGGGCCCCUCUCUAACUGGCUUCCCUCAGAAAUUGGGGCAAUCUCAGCAGCCCUCGUUUAAUUUUGCGCAAAACCAGGCCCCUACAUUUCCUGCAGGAGGAUUUGGGCAACCGACUUCGGGCUUAUCUUUUAAGCCUGGGGAAGCCGCCUUUGGUGCAACUCCAGCUAUGAACGCCCUUUCCUCGUUUAACUCUAAGCAGCCUGAUGCUUCUUUAAAACCUUUUAUACCCAAUUCUGGAGGUUUUGGUUCGAAUGCCCAAAGUUUCAGUUGGAGUUCUGGGUCUUCACAGGCCAGCGUAGGGAACUUGGGGACUACUCCUCACCAACAGCAACUUUGCCAGCUAAAGGAGAAUCACCAUCGGCUGAUGUCGCAGCAGCUGAGCUUUUACGCGCAGGCAAACAUUGAGGAAACUCCUUAUGGGAUCCCUUUCGAUAUUAUCGAUAAAUUCUCUGACCUUAAGCCAUUGCUUAUUUUCAAAAAUUUAUAAGCUCAUUUCCUGCUUAAGACGAAAAGUUUAUAAUUUAAAAAAAAUAAUACUUUUUCC